GAGCUUCUUCAGAAGAUCCCGCUGUUAAGUAGAUAGAGGAAUUAGUCGCGUCUAUGGCAAUGAUGAAGGAGGUGUUCGACGUGAAGACAACAGCUAAGGAAGAAAAGAAGAAGAAGAAGAUGGCGAAGUUGGAGAGUAAAAAGAAGGAGGAGGAAGAUGCCCAAGCGGCCGAGGAAGCACGUUUAGCCAACCAGAGGCGUGCGGAAAGGAAGGAAGCAAAGUUGCGUAAGGAAGAGGAGGACCGGCAGUUGUUGAGGAAGGAGUUGCUCAUAGAGCUCUCCCUUCGCAUGGGACAGUUGGAUGAGUCUCUUCAGCGUCGCUACGAGCGGAAAGUCAUGGAGCGAGCCAAAGGCAAGCAUAAGGUUAUAGUCUCAUCUUUCGAUGAUGACGACACGGAUUCCUAUGAAAGCGAGGUGGAAUCGCUGAGUCGUAAGACCGAGAAGCUUGUCAUUUCGGAGAAAAGGAAACGAGGAGCCAAGAAGCAGGUUGGCGACAGCCCGCCGAUGGUAAUACCAGCGAAGCGAACAGCCAAACGAAGACUCCAGCUCGGUUGUCGUCAUCAGUCAAUGAAGAAGACACCUCCACGUAAGACACCGGCCACGGGCCGGAGGAAGAUCCCGGCCGCCCCGGGUACAAUCGGGAAACUCAAAUUUGUGACAGACAACUUGAGGGAAUUGGGUGAUAUGACCGUGGAAGAAUUGAAGAAGAUCUGCCAGACAGAAGACGUGGAGUACGAAGGUAAGAAAAUGCAGGUGAUUCUGGCUAUUGCCGAGAAACGCACGCAUAUCGCUUAUGGUGAUGAGGAGGCGAAGGGUCAGGGGGAGGAAAGGGGGGAGAAUCAAGUGGACCAUGGCGGAGAUGAAGACGUGGUGGAGGAUAGCUAUGCAUGAACGGAUAGUAAGUUGUGGGCUCUCUGCAAUUGUCUGAUUGCUUCACAUCGGGAGAACAUUUACGG